UUUUCAAAAUAACCUCAAAACGCACAAAUACAUAACUUUGUGUAAUAAAAUAAAAAAGUAAAUUAUUAUUAUUCCUAGAAUUAUUUAUUUUUAAACGAAAUACAAAAAAAUGUCGAAACCAACUCGUGAUAUUAUUAAAAUAGUUUUUCAAAAUUUCCUCAAUUCAUUUAAACCACGACAAAUUCGUGGUAAUUACAUGGGCGAAGAUUAUUUUGGUAAUAAAUACUUUGAAAUCCCAGCAAAUCCAUCAAUUGGAAAAAGAAAACCAUCCAGAUGGUUUGAACCAUCCGAUAAAGAAGCAUUCGAUCAAGAAAUGACCGCUGAAUGGGAAGCAUGGCUAAGAUUUCGAAGGCAAGAACCACCAACAAGAGAAGAACUAGUGCGCAAUCUGCAAAUUAUUGAAUUGAAAAAACGUAAUGCAGCUGAAUUAGAUAAAAUUCAUGGAACAUCAGAAGAGAGAAAAACCAAAUCAGAAAUUGGCUAUGAAUCAUUUCCCAAAUACAAUGAAUAUGAAGCUAUUCCUGGCAAAGAUCCAGUAAAAAAAGAAUAAUUUUGUUUCAAGUUUUA